AUGGAGGCUGAGCUUCAGCGCCGCAGGGCUGAGGUCACUCUUCGCAAAGAACAACGUCGACUCAAUUAUAUUGAUUCUGUUCAUAACCCGACGCCCUCAUCUUCAGGUUCUUCGUCAAAUAUCCCUACAAUUAUCGCGUCUACAUCAUCUAAUUUAUUUGAUCGGCGUCGAGUUUUAACUACGAAGCCAUCAACAUCUACUGCCUUCCCUCCACCCGCUACUUUUACUUCCAUUUCUUCUGUCAACACUACGUGCAUUGGGCCUGUGCAGCCUUCGAUCACUCUUUCAACUGAAAAAAAUGCAGCUCCAGGACUUUUGGUGUCUCGCCAACCCUCAUUAUCGGCGCCGGUUCCUCCGAAGUCCCUUCCGAAGAACUCAACUUCUGGAACAUCGUCCAUUCCAAUCGUCUCAAUUUCUAAAUCACGAGGUGUGUGGCACUUAAAAACUACGAUGUGUUCAUCCAAAAUAUUUUAA